AGUCAGCCGCGGGUAGUGGCGGCGACUUCCCGUCAGGAAGUCAGGUCUCCGCCUCCUCCCCCCACCCCGCUAACUCGGCGGCGGAGGCGGCGGCGGUGGCAGCCGAGCUCCUGCCUCUCCGCCACCUCCACCGCUGCCUUUGCCCCCUGCCUGCGGCGUUGGCGGGGAGGGGGACAGUAGUUGUAGACGCCCGCCCCUGCCUCAGAGAAGGUAAAUACCCUCAUCAUGUAACUGCCUCUUGGCACUCCUGAUCCACCCACCUCCACCUUGCAAGUGUUUGGAUUACAGUUAUGCACUACCAUACCUGAUUUAGGCCUCUAUAUAGAUCAUUGCAAAAGGUAAAUGAGAGUUGAGUAUUAGAAACAGAUGUAAUCUCUACCUCCUGGUGUUUUAGUUUUCUGAUUGUUGGAGUCUUCACUGUGGAAUGUUCCUGCUGAAAAACUGAAGCAAUUAAUGGUUGAAUAUGAUCAAAUUUCUCCACCAAGUUCUCAGCCUGGUAAAGAGAAUUCCUUUUUGUCAACCUAAUGAAGCAUUCAAACAAUUCAUAUGACUCUUUUCAAGAUGAACUUGAAGAUUAUAUUAAAGUACAGAAAGCCAGAGGCUUAGAGCCAAAGACUUGUUUCAGAAGGAUGAGGGGGAACUAUUUGGAAAACUAUGGGUAUAGACAAGAGGUUGAUUCCAGACCUAGGUAUAGAAUGUUUGAUCAAAGACUCCCAUCUGGAACCAUCCAGACCUACCCACGAUCAUGCAAUAUUUCACAAACAGUAGAAAACCAGUUACCUCAGUGGUUACCUACUCAUGACAGUAGGAUGAGACUAGACUCCCUGAGCUAUUGUCAAUUUACCAGGGACCAUUUCUCAGAAAAACCCAUCCCCCCGAACCUUAGUCAACAAGAAUAUAAUUGUAGCUCAUACAGUGUAGACUAUGGAGUUCAUACACACCUCUGCUCAGGACGCAGUACCAGCCACCCUCAAGCCAGUCAUAAACAGAUGCAUCAGAGGAGGAAAAGAUAUCCAGAGGAGAGCAGAGAAGAAGCAGAGGAGGAGCGACCCAAGCAUGAGAGGAAAAGAAGUUCUGAGGAAAUGGAUUUCAACAAACACAAGAGCAUCCAAAGAAAGAAAACAAAGGUAGACAUAGAAACUGUACAGGGCAGUACAGAAAAGCUUAAGAAUCGGAAAGAGAAAAAAAAUCGAGAUGUAUCCUCGAAGAAAGAGGACCGUAAACGUAGAAAAGAGAGAAAGGAACAAGGCGAAGAACGGACAGAGGAGGAAAUGCUCUGGGACCAGUCUAUCCUUGGAUUUUGAAGCUCUUUAGCUGGUUCUCCUUGGAUUAAAUUGAAAUAAUAGUUGAAGAACUUGGUUUCAUGCGGUCCUGUCGAUGUCCCUUUUCCUGUGUGAAUAGAUACUUUAACCUCUAACAAAGUAGACAUGAAAAAGUGUGCUUGCUUUCCUAAUGGAAAUUUCCUCAUUUUCUGAAAACAUUAUUACAUUUUUCUUACAUUUUUCAUAUAAUGUAAUUUCCCUUAUGAGAGUGGCUCUGCUUUUAUUCAUCAAAUUGCUGUGAUGGGAUUAUUUUCCCUUGGGAGAUCACUUAUUUAAAAUUGGAGAAUUAAAAGACUAGAAUCUUUCUUGGUUGGGUUUGUCUUAGUUUUGAGUCACAUAUUUUUAUGCUCACUAGUUUUCUCUAUGAAACAAUUUAUAUUUCCUUUGUUAGAGCUAACUUGCAGUGUAUUUUCUAGAUUGAAAAGUGAAAUACCAUAUAAAAUAAUAAGUUUAUCUUACAUAUAGUUUUAAAAGUUUCAAAGAAUCUUCACACAAGAUCAGUUUAUAUUCUGAAAAUGUUUAUAAUAAAGUGUUCUAAUUUCUGCA